AUGAGAUGCGGGCUGUUUCCGCUCCUUCUCUGGUGUGUCGCUCUGCGGUCUACACAUCUCGCGGAGUCGGCCUUCACCUUCUUCGAGGACCCUGCCAACGGCGACAAGGAUCCUAAAGCAGGCGAAUCAGGUCCACAAUCGGACGGGUUGGAGUCUAAUGGCGUUAGACAGGCGAUUCCACCAACAUCGGCUCCUGAUGGAAGACCUUCAGGUGCGCCGAAGACAUCGGCAGAUACAACCACCGAAGCGAGAAAUCCCCCCGAUUCGAACGAUCAGAAUGGUUCAUACAAGGCUGACGGAACGGAAGAGAAUGAACGGGUGGUACAGUUGCCGGGUUCAGACUCUGUUUCCGAGGAGGGCAGUGAGGAGGAUGACAGUGAUAUCAUGUACUACUUGACGCAGUACCGUGCGCGGCCGAGGCGCACGGUUGACGGUAACCUUUGCGCGGCUGCAUUCCUCGAGAAGAACCAAAUCUACACGGAUUGCACACGCGAAGUAGCUCCCGAUGGUACCCAGGACCGUGAGUGGUGUUACCACGAAUCUCAGUUGACCGGCAAGCUCGAACGCGACUGGGGCUUCUGUGUGCCGCCACCGAAUUACGAGCGGAUCCGCUCAGCCGUAAUCGGGCGUAUCCGGGAGAAGGCUGAACAGGCUGGUGAAAUGAAGCAUGCGCUUACCAAGCAUCGUUCCUUGCUGCUGACCAUGGAGCGCCGGAUAAUGUCAUUUUGUGGCGUGGGUCACAAGGGGUUCGAACGUUCACUAACGAGGUUGGAGGAGGUGCUGAACGGCGCAGAGGAUAUGUUGAAGUCGAUGCGGUCGCUGUCGAACGACGUGGUUGCGAUCAAGGAAGAGCUCAAGCGUGAACAGUGCCGCUACCACAAAAUACAGCAGCAGCUACCUCACGACGCAUCCAGCCAGGUCAGCGACGGUCUAGUGGGCACCUACUUCCCUGGCCACCUGCUGGAGUUUCCCGCGUACAGCACCCGUGUCGACAGGGAGCUAAACUUCGUCUUCUCUGACUUCAUGCCAGUCGUUGGCCUCAACCCACACCGCUUCUCCGUUAUCUGGCGGGGGUUCGUGCGGGCGCCGCAUUCCGGCAACUUCGUGUUCUCGAUUGAAACCCAGUCAUACGUGCGGAUGGAGCUGGACGGAGUAGAGAUAAUCAACAACGGUCUGGUUCGCCAGGGUGAUGCCGACUCGGGAUACCGCUACUCGAUCGACACCAUGAUGCAGGGCGCCACUCUAACAUCGCAGUCUCAGCAGCUGAUCGGUGGUCAAUUUUAUCGCAUACAGGUCGAGUUCAGCAAUUCUCAACAGUACCAUUACCGGGCGGGCGAGGCGGUAGUGAAGUUGGAGUGGUCGUCGCUCCGCCUUCCGAAGGAGGUGAUAAAGGAUUACCUCUACACAAAAAUCGUCCCGCAGCGUCUGGCCAUAAGCUAUCUACCGCAUGGGCACUUCGUUGUCGAAAACGCUUCCAACGGUGCGUUGGCAUUUUUGGACGAUGAGGCCGCGUUCCUCAGCGAUUUAUCCAACGACCUUGUGGGCUCCUAUCUGGUACGCACAGUGCGGUCACCUCGCUUCGGCCGUUUCAUGAUGCAGGUGAAUGUCACAUGCGCGUUGUUUUUGGCGUACGUACACGAAGUGGUGCCGCUGAGCGCGGUGACGGAGGAUGCGCUGCAGUUCGGGGACAGCAGAGGUUCAUUUGUACAACUGGUGGAUAAGGACGGUAAUGCAACGCCUCUUAGGGUCAAACGUGCGAUACUACAACGCAAUCAUACUUACACGUUUCACGUUGAGGUACGCGAAACGCCUUUCUUUAUGUUCCUGUCUGCAAGUGCUGAAGAGCCGUCUCAGGGAGAGGGCCCAGUGACGGUGUUGUCGCUGCCUGAUUCCGAAUUCUUUUUGAACUGCUUGCAAUCGUCAAGCGUGGGCGAAGGGUUCGAUUGUACUGCUGGGCUCUCCGGAAAGCUACUGGACAAGAAGCACGCCAUCUGGCGGCCAACUGAAGGCGCCGGAGCGUGGCUCAAGGUGCUCUUCCGGCGCCCUGUGCUUUUGUCAGCGUUUCAACUGAAACAGAGCGAUGACCCUUCUAGGUGGGUUCGCAGGCUGUCGCUGGAGUUUGGCGACCGUUCGGAGUUUUUCGAGAUUUUGCAUUCCAACGACCCCCGCUCCAGCCUCUACCACCUGAGCGAGCCUAGGGCAGUGAGUUCGGUGCUACUGCGGGUUGACGAUCUAUAUACAAGCUCGCAGGCAACGUCACUGGCGGUUAACUUCCUCGGUCAGAGGCUUGUCGAGGAGUCGCCGGGGCUGCGCCGCAUUUUCAUGAACUGCAGUGACACGCUCGAGAACAAUGUGGAGGUUCAACCGCUGUCUGAAGGACAUUCUUACGAGAUAGUGUGCAGCAGGAAGUGUUUCGAUCAGACCACCGCUCUUAAAGCUACCGAGGUUCUUGACAUAAAGACGCCGCCAUGUGGCGCACUCCAGAUCGACCUUUGCAAUCAUGGCGGGGAUCCCUUGGCAUGUCAUGCGGCCUUAACAAUAGUGCGUGCCCCCGGCUCUGAGGAGUCUCUGGGAUUCGUGCUUUCAAGGCUAAACCGGGGCAUGCGCGACGUGCCGUUCAACGUCGCCAUCCUGUUCAAGUCAGCGCCGAACCGGCUGCCGCAGCAGAGCUUCCUGAUCGACAACGGAUCGCUCAAGGGGCCUAUAGACGCUUCGUACGUGCAUCAGGUUGGCGGCAACCCCAGGAUGGGCGAGGUAUCCUACGGUUGGCUGAGGCCGAAUGUAUCGGAAGGCACGUCACUGGGCAUCGCGUUUCCGCUGCCGGGUGAAUCGCAGCGCUGCAUCCAAACCCGUGGAUGUCAGCCCAACUUUUGGUCAAUCGACCUGCCCCGCAACGGCCGUUUCAAGGUAGAGCUGGUGGUUGGCGAUUCCACCAUCCCGGAGCCAAGCACUGAGUUGGACGCUUAUGCGCUCUCCUCACCCAACGCCACGGCACCCACGUCGCAGUGGCUAUCAGUGGAGUUGAAUGGAGAGGUGUUGUUAGGGUGCGUUGAGGUCGCGGCGGGCUCGCUGUACACGGUGGUAAAGGAGGUAGAGGUGCGCAACAACCUGCUGAAGGUCACCUCCACCAGCAGCAACUACAGCUGCGCAGGACAUCACACACGCCUGCAGUUCGUCAAAGUGACCGAGCUGUGA